AUGAUAACACCAUCUGUAGGAUAUAGAAUAGAGGGUUCAAACGAUGAAGAACCAAAGUUAUUUGAUUGUACAGCUGUGCCAAACCUAUUGGAAGGUGUAUUUGAUCUAUCAGACAACGACAGUUUAUAUUACAGAGAUCACUUUUUAAACAAGGAUCACUUAAACUUUUUGUCAACAGCAUCACCUGACAAUCCAAUCUCUAUAUCUGUCAUUCUAGAUGGUGAUUCUAAAAACUAUAGCGGUCUAGUCAGAACAUCUACUGGCAAUCAAAGAGUAAAGGUAUCAUCAGAUACAGUAAAACCAACAUGGUGGAGAAGAAUAUUUAGAGUAGGACCAUCACCAUACGAUAUUUUAAGAUCGAUAUCACCACAACAUACUCAAUCCAAUCUAAAGUUAAUCUCUGAUCAAAGAUUACCACAGGCACUCAUGAAUUUGGAGGAAAAGCAAACUAUAAAGGGGUUCAAAUUUGGUAUCCUCUAUGCUCAAGAAGCUCAAACCAAAGAAGAUGAAAUGUUUGCAAAUGUUGAUGCAAGUCCAGAGUUUGAAGAGUUUUUAGAUUUUAUUGGAGAAAGAGUACAAUUGAAUGGAUGGCCCAAUUUUAGAGCAGGUCUUGACGUUAGAACUGGAACUACUGGAACUCACUCAAUAUAUCAGAGAUGGAAUAAUAAUGAAGUUAUGUAUCAUGUAUCUAGUUUACUUCCAUUCAAUGAAAAGGAUAAACAACAAUUGGAAAGAAAAAGACAUAUUGGAAAUGAUAUUGUAGUGAUUGUAUUUCAAGAUGGUGAUACAAUCUAUCGUCCAACAACCAUUAGUUCUCGUCAAGUUCAUGUAGUGUUGGUUGUCAAGGCAACUACACUUGAAUCUGAUCCAGGCCAAAGAUACUAUAGACUUGCUGUCGUUUCCAAAGAUUCUGUCCCUGAAUUUGGACCGGCCAUGCCAAAUAAUGGUAUCUUUAAAAAAGAUCCAUCUUUUAAAGAAUUCUUUUAUGCUAAAUUAUUAAAUGCUGAAAAGGCUAGUUAUUCGGCACAAAUCUUGGAGAAUAAAUUAUCACGAACAAGAAAAGCACUCUUGAAAGAUGUAGCUGAAGCGAAAUGGAAUCAAUAA